CCGAUCCACACAAACGGGUUAGAAAGCGCGAGAGAGAGAGAGCCAGGAGUGAAUAAUGUUUACCACUCGCUCUGUGGAAUCUAUCAGGAGUCGAAACUUUAGUCAGGUUUUGCCGUAUUAAUUUCACCCGAAAGCCUUAUUCAAAGUGCAACAGAUCAAAACCAUCACUAUUAAGGAUAUAUCAGCGGCUGGAUCGACUGAAUGAAACCAUGAGGAAUAAAAAACACGGCGGUUGUCGCGAUCUAAACUAACGUGACUAUCGAUCCAGCAGAGCCAAGCUUUUGAAAACGCCGAGCCAGGUACUUCGGCGCAGACUUUCAACGGUCAGUUUUUCCUGCGGGUUUACCUGUGCUUACGUGGCACUUUUUUGACCUGAAGACUUAUUUUAAAAAAUACCGUUUUAGGCGUUUUAUCCACUUUUAUCGUGGCGAUGCGAUGUAUUUUCAGAGGUUUAGUAAGUUGCGUGGCCGGGACUAGUUUACUUGCGCCGGGCAGCCAAUCAGCGGAAUAACACUCACUAUUUUUGCUUUAAUUUAUCCUCUUUUGCCUUAUUCUCACGAUACCCUUCAAAUACAUCCUCGUACCGCACCCUUCAGAUUCUGACAGCGGGUUUCCAGGCGAGCUUUCAUAAGAAGGAUAAGUGUCAACGCUACGCGUGUGUUUUUGGGGUGGUAAAAUGGAUGCGGGAAUGGAGAAGGAGUGCAGCGCUUUGGGAGGGCUCUUCCAAAUCAUCAUGAACGACAUGAAGGCGAGUUAUCCUGCUUGGGAGGACUUUGUCACCAAAGGAGCUAAGCUGCAAUCUCAGUUAAGGACAACAAUCAUCGUCACUAGCUCAUUCCUGGACGCUUUCCAGAAAGUGGCUGACAUUGCAACUGGAACACGAGGAGCGACAAAAGAGAUCGGAUCAGCUUUGACCAGGAUGUGUAUGAGACACAGAAGCAUUGAGAACAAGCUCAAACUGUUUACCACGGCUCUCAUGGAUAACUUGAUCACUCCUCUGGAACUGAAAAUUGAAGAGUGGAAGAAGGUUGCCAGUCAGCUGGAUAAAGACCAUGCUAAAGAAUAUAAGAAGGCACGUGCAGAUAUCAAGAAGAAAUCUUCAGACACAAUUAAACUGCAGAAGAAAGUUAAAAAAGGUAAAGACGAUGUGCGGGUGCAGCUGGACAGCGCUCUUCAGGACGUCAACACGCGCUAUGCCGUGUUAGAGGAGACAGAGAAGAGAGCUGUGUGUCGAGCUCUUAUAGAGGAAAGAGGAAGAUUCUGCUCAUUUGUCACAAUGCUCAAACCUGUCCUGGAUGAAGAAAUAGGCAUGCUUGGGGAAGUCACCCACUUACAGACAAUUCUAGAAGAUCUUGGCAACCUGACAGCUGAUCCCAACACACUGCCCCCUGCUAGUGAACAGGUUAUUCUUGAUCUGAAAGGCUCGGACUACAGCUACUCAUAUCAGACUCCACCCGGCUCUCCUAGCAACACGUUAUCACGCAAGAGCAGCAUCAGCAGUAACUACACCUCUGUGCGUCAUGUCCCGUCUCUGGACUCCAUCUCCAGCGCAGUGGAUGGCCUUCACCUGCGAGCCCCAGACACAACACGGCGCUCACGCAGUCCUCUCCUCCUGGUCGGAGGGGAGGAAGGCACUCGCUCUCUCAGUGAGGGGAAUUCUCCCACAAUCCCUCGCACGGGCCACCGUGGCCCACACCUCCGGCACAGGAGCACUGAUCAAGGCCAAAACUCUCCUGGCACAGAGAACGGGACCUCAAUGCCCCCACUACACAAAGCUUACAGUGGGCAUGAGGAGAGAGCCAGGACACUGUCCUCAUCGGGCAAGCCACAGUCAGCCAGGGAGCAACUGGCUCUUACUUUGGGAGGCGGGCUUAAUUCAGAAGCUCCUCGGACCAGCCGAGAUUCCCUCCACUGCUCUAGCGGAUACAGCACCCAGACGACUACGCCAUCCUGCUCGGAGGACACCAUUCCCUCACAGCACGACUAUGACUACAUCUCUCUGCAUGGAGGAGAGGAUGCCCACAGCCAGUCUGAAUUUGAUAAAUCUUCCACAAUUCCUCGCAACAGCGACUUAAGCCUCAAUUACCGCAAAAUGUUUCAAAGCAAGAGGCCAGCGUCUACUGUCAGUCUGCUGAUGGAUCCGGAGCCUAUAGGCCCCCACACUGCCACUAUCCGCCGUAAACCCUCCAGCAAGCCCAAUAUCCGCCGUGGAACCAUCAGUGGAGGAGUGCCUAUACCCAUCUCCACACCACAGGUGCCGAUGAAGGCAUCCGUUUCUACCGCCGGCCUGAGCGGCAGUGAGGAGACCGUGUGCCCUCCUGGGCUGAUUCAGAGUAACAGGUUACCUGGCUCUGAUCUGGCUCACACCAGACAUAAUCUCUGUACAUCUACUCAGAGUCUGAGUGCAAUGCCGCCUCCAUACUAUUCCAUGUUCCCUGGGCAGCCACCAGUGGGCAGUACAGAGCCAAUGUAUCAAAUGAGCAAGCAACAGCAGUAUGCGUUGCACCAACAGCAACAGAGGCAGUAUCAACAACAACAGCUGCAACACCAAUAUCACCAACAACACAAUCAACAGCAAUAUAAUCAACAACAGUACAAUCACCAACAGCAAUAUAAACAACAACAGGAGUCGCAAUAUCAAGAGAUCCAGCAGAAACUCAAACGUCAGUGUCAGCAGCAGCAACAUCAAAUUCAGCAGCAGGUUCAAAACAUGGCAGCUCACAAUUCCAGCGAGCCAGUUGAAAGUGGGCAGCCCAAUUCCACCCAGCCCGGUGUGGACCAUACCGACAGCGUUCCUGAUCCGGGCAGCGGAGGUGACAUGUUGAGUAUGAUCCGCAGAGGAGUCAAAUUACGUCGGACACUCACCAACGAUCGUUCGGCGCCUUUAAUCACCCCCAACCAUCUCGACUGAUUUUAUUUUUUCCAUUGUUUGAUUUUGUCUGUGGCUUUUUAUGGUUGCUUUUUCCGUCUUUUCGCUUGGCGACUUUUUUCUGUGCCUUUUAUUGUUGCAAGUUUGCUUUUUUUUUUUUUUUUUUUUUUUUUUUUUAAAGUGGGGGCAAAACUGUUGACUAAUGUGCGACUCUUGCCACAUGAAAAGACGUUUGACUUAAUUACACUGUGCUCAAAGAACAAACGUUUUGCCGUGUCCUUGCUAAUGUUGCCUCUCAAAUUAAAGUAAGUUCUGCAGGCUGUGUGCUUUACGUGUAUAUGUAUACUUAUAUAUAUAUAUAUAUAUAUAUAUAUACACAGAUAUAUAUGUAUUUAGAGAUCUAGAUCGAACGUUGGAGCUUAAGAUAUAUUAAAGUUAUUUGUUUGUUGUAUUCGCAAAGAUAAAGCACUCAGCCUUCUGGUUAGAGAUCAAAACUUAUGUAUAUAUUAGCGAAACAAUUGAAAGACUGUUGUAUUAUUAUUAAUUUUGUUUUCUUCUUUGUUUUUGAAAUUAGACAAAGCAGCACUAGGCGUCUAUUUUUGUACAGUUUAGGGUAACAGAAAACUGCACCACUGCCUUUAAUCCGCCCAAUGACUGGAUGCGAAUGCAGCCAAUGAGAGGUGUGGAGGGAGGGAAGGAGCGAUGUGAUUGGGUGGAUGAAUGAAGGACUGGAAUAGUGGAACUUAUUUGUGUUGCUUAUGACUGUGAGAGCUUACAAAGGCAUCACUGUGGUUAUUUAUUCAACCUGUUUGAUUCUGAAUCAUUUUUAAUCGUUUGUUUACCAAAGCUCUGAUGCUGUAGCCUCGUAGAUGCGUAUAAACUUGCUCUCCUGGAGGAUUUGCUAUAAAGACUCUAUUCAUAAAACUUCAAACUUGUGGCCCAUGACUUUUUUUAAGCAUUUUUGUCUUUGAAUCAAAAAACUUUCUUAAAUAUUAUUACCUGACAAGAAAGUGAAUGACAGUCAAAUUGUAAUGGUUUCGAUUUAAUUGAAUAUAUGCCCUGUAUGUUUCAGAGUGAAGUGUGGCAUUGCGUUCUUUUACACGUGAGCAGCUAAUGAUUCAGUUGCUUAAAACGUGUAUUUGGGAAUGCAACUUGCGUCAACCAUCUUCACAAACUUUUCCUGAGAAGCGCUUAUAAACCAACUGUUGUCAACAAAAGAGAUGCUAUCGUAGUAUUGUAAUUUUACAUUUGUACUGUCGAAUAAAUUAUAUGAUUUAAUAUAUUUUAUUUAAAUAUUACAGUAGUAAGAUUUCUUAUUGUAAUCAUUUGGUAGUAAUAAUCAUAAUAAGAAAUACAUUUAUUUUACAGUACAAUUAUUAUUUUAUAGUCAUAUUGAUAUGUAAUCACAAAAUAUUUGGCCAAAUUGUGCAACCCAACAAACAAGCGCAGCAAAACUGGAGCUCUUUUUUUUUUAUCGCAUUUUAAAUUAUAAUCACAAUAUUUGUCAGAAAAACCGCAAUUAGAUUUUUCGCCAAAUCGUGCUGCCCUUCUCUUAAAGGUUCAGUGUGUAAAUUUUAGCGGCAUCUAGCGGUGAGGUUGCGAAUUGCAACCAACGGCUCAGUCCACCGCUCACCCCUCCCUUUCAAAGCACAUAGAGAAGCUACGGUGGCCGACACAGGACUAAAAUAUCGUCGUCUGAGACGGCAGAGAGUAGCCAGUCAAGCAGUGAGGUUUCUUUACAAAUAUAAAUUAAGAAAUUAUAUCUUCUUUGUGCGUAUUCAACGUAGUGACGAUGCAAGCUUCCUCUAAAAACACCAACAAAGAAGAAGUACAACAUAGUGACGAAACGUGCUCUGUAGAGCAGUUUGUCCAUUUAGGGCUACUGUAGAAACAUGGCGGCGCAAAAUGGCGACUUCCAUGUAAGGGGACCCAUGGUGCAUGUAGAUAGAAAUGGCUCAUUCUAAGGUAAUAAAAACAUAAUGGUUCAUUAUGUAAGGUCUUUAUACACCACUUUAUACAACAGCUAUGUAUAUUAUAUUGCAUUUCUGUCAAUCAGUCCUCCUAAAUAUUACACACUGGACCUUUAAUGAAUCACUAAUCCCAAAUGCGAGGCUAUCAUCAUUAACUGCUCAUUAUGACAGCUUUCUCUCACAAAGGUGUGUGUAAAAUGUUUGGAUGUUGAGAAUUGUGAAGUGGUUCUGUUGUUUUUUGAGUUCUUUUGUUUGUUUGUUUUCUAAUAUUGAAUGUCGUUCGAGAGCAAGCAAUAAGCGUAGCCCAGAUACUUGCCUCAUUUAUGUUUAUCAAAUUAAAAAAAAAAUGCAUUUCCUUUAGAGUUUCCUCUUAGAGUAGAUUUACCCAGAAUUCUGUGUUGUGAUGUACUUGUGGUUACUGUAGCUUUGCUACGCUACCCUGUUGUUUUCUUAAAUGAAAGUAAAUGCUGGACAUGUGCUUUCAAGCUAGAAGUGCAUCACCAUUACCUUUAACAUUUUUAAUAUCAAAUCUAUGCAUCAAGCAUCAUUUUUAGCACCUCUCAAUUAAAUUAUAAACCAUUGAUGGAAUAAUAAUCAUCUCAGUAUGAUGCUGAGUGUAGUGAAUUCUGAUACCCAGAAACACUUCUGCGGUCUGACAGCAUCUCGCAGGCAUUUGUACUGUCUUUGAUGUCUUAUAAUUUAUCAUAUCCGUCACGCACGUGCUGGCAGGUGCUCUUUGAAGUUUCCCUCCCGCUACAAAAGUUGUUUCUUCAUAUCUUACCGCAUUCUUUUAUCGACCCCUAUUUUUGUAUACUUUUCAGGUUAUUCUCAAUCUAGUGUUACUUCACACCUGUCUGAGCCGCGUCUAGGAUUUCUCGCCCCCUGUCUAUCUGUGUGUUCAAUUGUCUUCAGUGAUUUAGACAUGGAUAGAGACGUUCACUCCUGACACAAUGCUCCUCAGGCCUUUUACUGUAGGAUUAGCUUGCAGCUGCUGUACGGCCCUCCUGGAGUGUAAAAGAAUAUCGUUUUACUCUGAAAGGUGAGCUGACCGAGGUGUUUUUCCACUAAUGUGCAUUGUUAUUAGUGCCGCUCAGGGCGGUAAAGUCUGAGGUGUUUCAUUUGUGUUGAGAAGAAGGUUUCCUUGCUGAGAAAUGGCGGUGGUUGUAGCACAGUGAGUGUUGCCUGUUGCAGGGAUUUUUCAAAACAACCUAAUUAUGAGAGGAAGUGUUAAACUUGUAAGAUCGGAAGGUGGAAAGGAAGGAAUUUGCCCAAGAAAUGAUUAUUUUUUGGUUAUGUUUCAGACUUGUUUUUUUGUGAACAUUCUUACUUUUUUUGAUUCCUUGACCUGAUGCAGUCUAUGUCGUGAAAAGAAACUACCAAACAUCAAAAGAAAAGGAUGAAUGUCACAUUAAAGAUAUCUUCAUUAUUGUGAA